AGUUUUCCAUGUCUUAUCUCGCUGACCGUUAUUCCAGGAGUGGAUUCCAGAGCCAAGGCCUUUUAUGGAGUGGUUAGGGUGUCCAGCUGACCCAUAAUGCACUGCGUCUGCUCGCUAUAUGAGACCGGUUCACCGCAGAGGCAGCGCUUCUCUCCUCCCCCCGUGAGCCCAUGGCUUCUUCAGCCUCGUCGUUCCAGCGCUCGUCACGUUACAGCACCAGCACCGUCCGGUCCUUCAACACCGACUCCCUCCACCCGAGACUUCACAGCGAGUUUGGAGAAGAAACAUCCAUCAGCUCCAUCACAAACGGGUUCGAACCCGAGUCCUUCAGCCGUUGCCAUGGUGAUGUACAGGAUGAGUCGCCGUGGGCCGAGUCCUUUGGAGGUUACCAAGGUGACCGAGAGUCUUUUGGAGGUUACCAUGGGGACCAACAGUACCACACACCCCAAGGAGGAAACCAGGGCGACUGGACCCUCGGAGACGAAGUACAGGCGCGCGGCUCCGGUGUGAGCGCGGUCCGAGCGCGGGGGAACCGCUACUUUCUGUCUGCAGACGUCAGCGGGUUCGAGCCUCAUGAAGUGGUUGUGGUGGCGUAUAAUCAGCGUGUGGUUAUUCAUGCGGAGAAGAUCGGAGCAGACGGGAGCGUUGGAGGAAAGUUUACCCAUAAGUCUGUGCUUCCAGCAGACAUGAACCCUUUAUCUGUGAGCAGUGAACUGACCGCCGAGAAGAUGUUGAUCAUCAGCAUCGAACGCAUCCGUGACCCCGGGCGUCCAGCCUCAAACUCACCUUUGACCUCUGACCUUCUGUGACCUCAGCACUUCAGAGAGGAGAACCCGUCAGACUCAAACUCCACCGAACCAUAAAACACAAGCUCAGGGAGGAUGUACACUAAAUCUCAGAUAUGAUUAGAAUUAGAAAAGGUUCUAAAAAGAAUCU